ACAAAAAACAAGACAGCGAUAUUGUGUAAUCAUUAUGCCAAUACAUGACUAUUAAUUUAGAUUUUUUUUGGGGAAAAAAUAAUUCGUGGAAACUGGAAACAAUGAAGGUACAGAGGUACAUUGGAUGAAUCGGAGGAAUAUCCCCAGGAACGAUACCGUGUUUUUGACAAAGUUGACAAUGAGAGCCCCGUUGACCGACCCAAGUUGCUCGUCGUUGUUGUUGGACAUUGGAUUGCCCGUGGCCGUAGUGGUGUUGCGGUUCUGGGACCCACCUUCCCUCAUCAAUUUUUCCUGAUUAUAUCCAUUUCCCCGUUGUAAUAAUUUUUCUUUAUAAAAAAAAGGGUUGAAAAAAUAUCGCAGAAGCAGUUUGUUGAUCAAUUCGGAGUACACGAACAAGUUUCUCCUCUCUUUUUGUUCUUUUCUGUUCUUACUUCAUCAUAGUCGGAAAAUCCCAGGUUGUUUUUUUCCCCUCAUCUUCCUGUAAAUUUGGUGGUUCUAAAUAGAGAGAUAAUAUAUAAUGGAAAGUGGCGACGGGGCGGCGGUGGAGGAAGGGAAGGUGAGGUGUGCUACGUGGAUCAGGCGGCCGGAAAACGCGCAUCUGGUGGUUAUCGGCAAGUCGUCCAGGCCUCGUUCUUCACUCGAGAUUUUCGCAUUUGAUCCUAAACUCACUUCUCUCUCUUCCUCUCCUAAGGCUACUUAUGAGUUUGAAGAAGGAGUUGAGCCGGUGAGCAUAGCCGUACAUCCCAGUGGAGAUGACAUUGUUUGUUCCACCUCUACUGCCGGCUGCAAAUUGUUCGAGUUGCAUUGUCGGGAAGAUAAUGUUGAACUUCUUGCGAAAGAGUUGCUUCCACUUCAGGAUGUUGGUCCUCAAAGAUGCUUAGCAUUCAGUUUUGAUGGAUCCCGAUUUGCUACCGGAGGAGUUGAUGGACGUCUCAGAAUAUUUGAAUGGCCUAAUAUGUCUAUCAUUUUAGACGAACCAAGAGCUCACAAGUCUUUCCAAGACAUGGAUUUCAGUCUGGACUCAGAUUUCUUGGCUUCAACAUCUACUGAUGGUUCAGCCAGAAUAUGGAAGACUGAUGGGGUCCCAGUGACAUCCCUGCCACGGAACGCUGAUGAAAGAAUCGAAUUGUGUCGGUUUUCAAAAGAUGGGACCAAACCAUUUCUAUUUUGCACAGUGAUAAGGGGUAAUAAACCACUUAUUGUUGUUUGGGACAUAAGCACAUGGAAAAAAAUUGGCCACAAGAGACUACUAAAUAAACCAGCAUCUAUCAUGUCUAUAAGUUUGGAUGGGAAAUAUCUUGCUCUGGGAAGCAAAGAUGGGGAUGUUUGUGUAGUUGAAGUUAAUAAGAUGGAAAUUCGCCACAGGAGUAAGAGACUUCAUUUGGGAUCUAAUGUUACUUCAUUGGAGUUUUGCCCAAGCGAAAGGUGAAGUCCCUUUAUGUCUUUUGGGUUUUUCAGAGAAUGAAGCUGAAUUGGGAUUAUGAAUAUUUGGGGUUGUCCAUGUGUAUAUGUAAGAAUUAGUAGUUACAAUUUGGUAAGAGCCUAAGAGGCUGUUUAAACUUAAGAAUUUUGUGCAUGUGUGGUUUGUUUUCUAAAAAGAACUGAAAUACCUUAGCCAUGUGUUUUGCUAUGAAAGCAAAGCAAUGUACAACAUAAAUGAUUUGCUCAUCAUUUGUCUCAAAUGUUAUCCUACUGAGUCAUGUUGUUGUUGACUAGUUGUCCUUGUUGCCAACAUUUUCUCUAAGAAUUUGAAAUUUCCAACUUCUACUUGUCUUAGCUGUUGUAAAUGGAUUCAAGUACUGUUGGUUUCAAUCCAGCCUCUCAAGAUCUAUUUUUAAUUUUGGCUUGUUUAAAAUGUGUAUGCAUUCUCAAGUUUACUAAUCAUAAGAUUGAUGGUUUGGUGGUCUUUUUGCAGGGUUGUGCUUACUACGUCUUCUGAAUGGGGAGUUAUGGUGACUAAGCUGACUGUUCCUGCUGAUUGGAAAGGUCUCUCUUUCUCUCUCGGUCUUUCACAAUCACACUUUUUGCAUUUUAGAUCUGAAUUUGAUCCUUAACCACUCCUUUCCUGUGCAAUGCAGAAUGGCAGAUUUACUUGCUACUCCUGGGACUAUUUCUGGCUUCUCUUGUGUUGUUCUACAUAUUCUUUCAGAAUUCUGAUAUGUUCUGGAACUUCCCUGAACCAGGCAGAAAGAUUAGCUCCGUAUUGACUGAUUCAAAUCCCGACGAGAAGAAUAUGUUUGGAGCUUUCGGACCACUAGACAUGUACCCUGACUAAUCUUCAUCCGAAGUUCAAAGAAUAGCAUUUGUGAAAGUAGCCGCUGUGUACAAGAGCUGCGCAUUUUUUAACAUUGCGGAAGUUAUUUUCGGAAAGAUCAUCGAGAUCUUGAUAUUUUCGUAGGUAAUUGACUUAUCAUUUUCGUAAUGAUAUGAAAGAUGAACCUUUUUGGUUGCUAGUUUCAGACUUUCAGUGACCACGCAUGGAACUUUACUAUAAUCUUUUUUCCUAUCAAAGAGUUGAUGCUGUGAUGUUUUAUUUGGUUAAAAGUCGGAGUUGAUAAUUCGGUUUUUAUGCUUAAACUUUCAAAUCACGAUGAAAAACUCAAAAAGAAAAAAAAAGGUUGCAACUGAAUUCUAAUUAGCGGUAUAGAUGGGAAGACAGGCGUGGCCGGGCGAUGGCCUCCAGAGGCCUGGCCUUCGGCAUGGUCAUACCGUAAACCUCUGUGGUAUCAAUAUCUUCGGGCCUUAACUUAUCAGCAGGGCUCCAAUCAAAGCAAUGAAAAAGCCGAGCCAACGCCAUUAGCACCAGAGUUACCCCAAGUGGUGCCCCGGGGCACUUCCUCUUCCCUGCACUGAACGGCAAGAUCUUGAAGUCAGCUCCAUGGCUAAUUUCCACUCUACUUCCAUCCGCAGGUAAAUGUCUUUCAGGCCUGAACUCUUCCACUUGGUCCCAUAUCUUUGUGUUCCGGCCAAGCCCGUGCGUGUUGAUAAAAACCCGUGUCUUGGCCGGGAUAUAAUACCCGUAGAUCUUGGUGGCCCGUACUGAUUCGUGUGGAAUGAGGAAAGGACCUGCCGGAUGCAUCCUAAAAGUUUCACGCACAACACAUCGUAGGUACUUCAGGUGGACUAAAUCCGAUUCCAAAACCAUUCGAUCUCUUCCUACUACAUCAUCAAGCUCUUUUUGGAUCUUCGUGAGGACAUGUGGAUGCUUGAUCACCUCCGCCAUUGCCCAUUCAUUGGUCACGGCUGAUGUGUCUGUGGCAGCAGCUAUCAUGUCCUGAAACAUGUUUUCAACAGCCCCAAAAUAAAAUGAGUAGAAGAUAAAUGAGACAUAUGAUUUGAUCAGAAUAACAAAAAGUGGUUUUACCUGAAUUAGUGCUUUAAUUUCAGUAUCAUCCAUUUGUCUUUGCCCGUUUUCUCCAGCUAAAGACAAUAACACAUCCACAAAAUCAACCCCUCCUUCAUUUUUCGUCCCAUCUUUGUGCAUUUUCCUUUUGUGUUCUUCAAGGAUCUUGAUGUGAAAAUCAUCCACCCUCUUCUCCACUUCCCUCAUUUUCUUCUCACAUCCAGAAGGAUCAACCCACCUCCAAAAUGGCAGAUAAUCUCCUAAAUAAAUGAUGCCUAGAAGCCAGAAAAGCUCAUGUGUUAUAUGCAUGAACUCCAUGGCCUCUUGUGGUCCAGCUGAGUCUUCCCCAAAAUAUUGCUUCCCAAGCAACAUCCUGGUCACAUUGUUCAUGGAAAAUGCACCAAGCACUUCCCUCAAAUUCACUUUGCCUUCUGUCUGGGCCUUGGUCCAAACAUCCUGAACAAGAUGCUGGGCCUCCUCGGCCCGAUGUCUUGCAAACGAUUCCAGCCUCCUUGUAGUUAGCAAAUGCUCCAUGCAAAUCCUCCUCAUUCUCUUCCAUUUUGGGCCGAGCGGAGCCAAUGCCACAUCUCCGCAUCCAUAGGCCAGAUGGACGGCGGCAAGAGUCCUCGGCCGGGAGGCGAAAACGUCGUCUUGAUGGACCAGAAUUUCCUUGAUAAUCUCUGGAUCGUCGGUGGUGAUGGCGUCAACACUUCCUAGCCGGAGGUACACUAAAGGCCCAUAUUUUUGGCACAAAGAAGCCAGGUCCCUAUGAGGCAAUUGGGUUAGCUGAAGAAGGUUCCCGACAAUGGGCCAACUGGUUGGCCCUGGUGGAAGAAGCCUCUCAGAAGACUUGUUUCUCAAUUUUCCGAGAGAGUAGGCUAGGAGAAUUGAGCAUAGAACUAAGGAAAUUACAUAGAAUAUUCCCAAGGAAGAUAGCCAGUUCAUUAAAUUUGUGAAAUAAAAAUGAACUAAGAAAAUGGGAUAGACUAUAUCCAUCCUUUCUUUUUGCACUAAAGAAAGAAAGUUAAGGAAGUUAGUAACAAUGGGAAUGAAAGAGGCUUUUUGCACAAAAGAAAAUUACGGAAGUUAGUAACAAUGGG